UCCCGUUUCCAUCUCGCUCUCUCCAUCGAUCGAUCUGCUUUGUAGCGGUAGGGUUUCGCGGCGUCGACUCCGAUCCCGUCGCCGCGCGGAUGGCUGCUCGCGCCUUCACUUCGCUGCUGCUUGCUCUCCUCCUUCUCCUCCUCGCGGCCUCUGCCUCUGCCGAUGGUGGCCGCCGCGGCCUCCACGCCUACGUGCCGUCCAGGAAGCGCGCGGUCCGCGGCGCGACUGGGGUGGACUGCCGCGCGAUGGCGUCGAGGGCCGAGUGCCUCGGGAAGUCGGAGUGGUGCCGGUGGUGCCGCAGCGACGCCCUCGACGACAUGUGCUUCGUAUCCGCCGAGGCCUGGCGCCUCCCCGGCCAGAUCUUCUCCUGCGAGGCCCCCAGUUCCUGAUGAUCCGCUUCAUCCUUCCAUUUCAAUCUCCAUCUACGGUACUUCGAUCGAUCUGCCUUAUCGUUGAGUAUAAAUCGAAUCUUUGUUGUGUAAAAUUUCUUCGUUCAUCAAAAGAUCGCCGGUUGAGUGUUUGUCGAUCUUGUGGAUGUCGGUGUGGGCAUGAUCAAUGCUGGAUCUGGUAUUGCAAAUGCAAGAUUUGAGUUGAUUAGAGUGCGAAGCAACUUAGUUUUCUCGAUUGGAGCGCAUACAUUCGGACAUCACGAUGUUCGCACAUAGAAAUCGAAAAAUAAACAAAUAAAAUCAUUGUUCUAGAAAGGGGUUCCAAGAAGUUUAACUGUUUUUAAUUGUUUUUUAUCUUUGA